AAUCAAUGUAGCAGGCUGUCUAACUGACGGUCAGUCCUCCAAAUGAUUAGAGACUCAAGAACCUAAAGCACACAAGAACCUAAAGCAGGAAUAAUGAAAGUAAAUUUGUAUUUAUUUUUUCGUGCAUUGACUGGCUUGUCACUAAUUGGACUCGUUUAUCUGGGCAUAACUUUCCACUGGAUCAAGCUUUUAUACAAACCACCCAAUGUGCUUGACUCAGAAGGCAACUUUCUUCCCAUGGCACCAUGGUCAGCCCCAAUUGUACGGGAAGGAUCUUUUGAUCCCAAACUGAUUGAUGAGAUUUAUAAGAAAAAAAACAUCACAAUAGCAACUACAGUCUUUGCUCUUGGAAAGUACACACAGUUUCUUAAAGAUUUCCUGGAGUCCGCAGAGCAAAAUUACUUUGUUGGAUUUCGUGUGCAUUAUUACGUGUUCACUGAUCUUCCGGAACAGGUUCCUACAGUGAAACUGGGUGGAGACCACCAUCUGACAGUGUUGAAAGUGGCUACUUCUAACAGAUGGCAGGAGAUCAGUUUGCGCAGGAUGGAAAGGAUGGAGAAACUGAUUGAGAAUCGAUUAUUGAAUGAAGCCGACUAUGUUUUCAGCCUUGAUGUGGAUUCAAAGUUCUACGGGCGAUGGGGGGUAGAGUCUUUGGGUAGUCUUGUAGGUGCCAUACAUCCAUGGUAUUAUAAAACACAUAAUGAAUGGUUCCCAUAUGAGCGCAGGCCAGAGUCUCAAGCGUACAUUCCUUAUUCUGAGGGUGAUUAUUAUUAUGGAGGAGCUGUGAUUGGUGGCUUAGUGAAAGAUGUAUAUCAGCUUGCUAAAACCUGCCGGGAGCAGCUGGACAUUGAUGCAGCUAACUCCAUUGAGGCGGCAUGGCAGGAGGAGUCUCAUUUGAACAAGUACUUCCUGUAUAACAAACCCAGUAAACUGCUUUCACCUGAGUAUCUAUGGGAUGACAGAAAAUCUAAAACACCAGAGAUAAAAAUCAUCCGUUUCUCUCAAGUUUAUAAAAACUACCACGAAAUUCGUCCAAACCCAUAGCAGCUGUUAAAGGGAUGGUUCAUCAGAAAAUCUAAAAUACCCCAUGAUUUACUCACCUUCUAACCAUCCUACAGUUCUUUCAGAUGAAUACAAUUGGAGAUAUGUCCUGGCUCUUCCGAGAUUUGUAAUGGCAGUGAAUGCUUGUUGAGAUUUUGAAGUCCAAUAAAGUGCAUCCUUCCAUCAUAGAAA